AAAAACUAUAAACUUUUUUCUCUUCACUCUUUUCUACUAUUUCUCUGUUCAUAGAUCUAAUGGCAACUAUCAAAUCCAUUAAAGCUCGUCAGAUCUUUGACAGCCGUGGUAACCCCACAGUCGAGGUUGAUGUACAUAUCUCAAAUGGUGUGUUUGCCAGAGCUGCUGUUCCAAGUGGUGCAUCCACCGGAAUUUACGAAGCCCUUGAAUUGAGGGAUGGAGGAUCUGACUACCUCGGAAAGGGUGUUUCGAAGGCUGUUAACAAUGUCAACUCAAUUAUUGGCCCUGCUCUUGUUGGCAAGGACCCAACUGAUCAGACUGGUCUUGAUAACUUCAUGGUUCAUCAGUUAGAUGGAACUCAAAAUGAGUGGGGUUGGUGCAAAGAAAAGCUUGGUGCAAAUGCCAUCCUUGCUGUGUCACUUGCUGUGUGUAAAGCUGGCGCUGCUGUCAGGAAUGUGCCAUUGUACAAGCACAUUGCUGAUUUGGCUGGUAACAAGAAGUUGGUAUUACCAGUUCCUGCCUUCAAUGUGAUUAAUGGUGGAUCUCAUGCCGGAAACAAACUCGCAAUGCAGGAAUUUAUGAUCCUUCCUGUUGGAGCUGCUAAUUUCAAGGAGGCCAUGAAGAUGGGCUGUGAAGUCUAUCACCAUUUGAAGGCUGUGAUUAAGAAGAAAUAUGGUCAGGAUGCCACAAAUGUCGGUGAUGAGGGUGGUUUUGCUCCUAAUAUCCAGGAGAACAAGGAAGGUCUUGAAUUGCUCAAGACAGCCAUUGAGAAAGCAGGUUACACUGGAAAGGUGGUCAUUGGAAUGGAUGUUGCAGCAUCUGAAUUUUACGGAAAGGACAAAUCUUAUGACCUGAACUUCAAAGAAGAGAGCAAUGACGGCUCACAAAAGAUAUCAGGUGACCAACUCAAGGACUUAUACAAGUCAUUUGUGUCCGAGUACCCUAUUGUUUCAAUUGAAGAUCCAUUUGACCAAGAUGACUGGGAGACCUAUGCUAAGCUCACUGCUGAGAUUGGGGAGCAAGUACAGAUUGUCGGUGAUGACCUUCUUGUCACCAACCCUAAGAGGGUCGCCAAGGCAAUUGCAGAGAAGACUUGCAAUGCUCUUCUUCUCAAGGUUAACCAAAUCGGUAGUGUGACCGAGAGUAUUGAAGCUGUGAAGAUGUCCAAGAAGGCAGGUUGGGGUGUAAUGACCAGUCACCGCAGUGGAGAAACAGAAGAUACCUUCAUUGCUGAUCUUGCUGUCGGUUUGUCAACGGGACAAAUCAAGACUGGAGCUCCUUGCAGGUCAGAGCGUCUCGCCAAGUACAACCAGCUGUUGAGGAUCGAAGAGGAACUCGGAUCAGAGGCUGUUUAUGCAGGAGCAAGCUUCCGCAAGCCCGUUGAGCCCUACUAAAUUUCAGCAGUUCCAAGUGUUGAGAUUGUUGAGUUGUUGAUCUGCCAAAAAUAAAUUCCUCUUAGAUUGGUCAUUUUAGGAUUAUAUUAUAUGACCUUGGUGAAAUAACAAGCAGACUCAAAAACAAGUUUUGUUUUCUGAGGUUUUAUUAGUAUUUU